AUGUGGGCCGUACCUUGCAUCUUCUGUUGGACCAAGUUCAAUAAAAUCCGUCCAGGGAGGUCCUGGAUGCAGAUGAGAGGUGUGAUGUGGCUGCAGUCUUCACAUGAGUCGCAAUUGAACACUGAUUACUGCUACACAAUUGUCCUUGAGCCGAUUCGCUCGGUCGGCGAUCGCGAAGCAUUUGCCCUUGCAAUUCUGGAUGACACCGACCAAGCGCGUGUCGGUGUAGAUCCUCAGCACACUCCAUCGCCGGCCGAGGUAGCUCAUGAUACACCCAGCUUUACACAAUCGGACGGCUCUUCUUCGUCGCAUCCCGAAUUUUCUUUCCAAGAGGAUCUUGAUGUCGAAUUUCCUUUUGCAGAGCUAGACCAAUUCAGUCACCAUGCGCCGCUCCACUAUGAGCCCAAUGGGCCAAAGACAUAUGCGUAUGCUACUUUCAUGGCAACACGCAACCCGUCGCUGAAAGAUCCAUACUUUCUCGCCAUACAAUCUGUCGUCCACCGCGUACUAUGGUCCCCUCGCACGCGCACGCGCAAGAAUUAUCCCUUCAUCGUCUUCGUCGCCGACUUCGUGACAGCUGAACAACGCGCCGUCCUCCGCGGCACAGGUGCCAUCGUGCGCGAACUUGCACCACUCGAAUGGCACUGCGACAAGCCCGGCGUACAGAAGCGCUGGGUCGACCUCUUCGCAAAACUCAACAUGUGGGCUGAAACAGAAUUCUCACGCAUCAUCUUCCUCGACGCCGACGCCUUUCCGCUCACGAACAUCGACGACAUGUUCGAACUCACCCAACCGCAAAUGUGCAUCGAGCAGAAGUUGGUCCUGACCGACUUACUCCCAGGCCUGGACCAAGUCUGCGAACCUUAUAUAUUCGCGGGUGUUCCGCAGGACCCGUUCUCCACCACUGAGCCAAACAUCAACGUCGGCGCGAUGGUCAUCACGCCCUCGACCACUAUGCAUCGCCGCCUGCUGCAGAACUUUAAUAAAGCGGAGCACUAUGAUUGCGCAAUGGCGGAGCAGGCGUUUCUCAACUGGCAGUUUGGCGUCGACGGCGCGUUCCCGCUCACGCGGCUCGACAGGACGUGGGGCGGGUUCUUCCCGCAGCCAAACGAGCAGGGCAAGUUGAGGGUCGUGCACGAGAAGAUUUGGGUGGAGGGAGGUUGGUUGGGCGAGGAGUGGGAGAGGGGGUGGAAGGAAAUGGUCGACUGGUACAGCAGCGCGGAGUUUGCGGAGGAGAGGAAUCGCAUGUAG